UGGCAUAUUUGGCAGGCUUCUGGCUUGGAGAAAAUGGUUAAUUGUCAAAACAAAAAAGAAAGACAGAAGAGAAGAGUGGAUCAGGAAUCAGGAUCAUUAAACUUGUGAAGACUCUUCCGUUGAAGACGAGAGCUUUCAAGAAGUGCAGGGACGAUAAUACAUAAAUUAUUUAGCAAUAUAUUUGUGAAAAUAAGUCCUAAAUUAGUGUCUAUUAGCAGUACCUGACAAAUAAAUAAGUGCCAAGUUAAAAAUGACAUUGCAGAUGCCGGCGGUUAAUUUCGGUUUCGAUGUAACUUUUAGGACAGUAAAAAAUAAUAAAGAAGACAAUGGUAUUAAAAAUGUAUGGAAACACAACCUAAAUGAGGAAUUUCAUAUAAUAAGACAGGUAGUUCAGAAAUAUCAAUGGGUUGCGAUGGAUACUGAGUUUCCAGGUGUGGUAGCCAAGCCAAUAGGAGAUUUUAGAUCUACAGCUGAUUACCAGUACCAACUUUUGAGAUGUAAUGUUGACCUACUAAGAAUAAUACAACUAGGCCUUACAUUUAUGGAUGAAAAUGGGAAAACUCCACCAGGCUGCACUACUUGGCAGUUUAAUUUUAAAUUUAAUCUACAAUCAAUUAUUGACAGGAAGGACAUGUAUGCCCAAGAUUCCAUUGACUUGCUUCAGAAUUCAGGUCUGCAAUUCAGGCAGCAUGAAGAACAUGGUAUAGAGCCCAUUGAAUUUGCAGAGCUAUUGAUGUCUUCAGGAGUUGUGCUAAUGGAUAACAUCAAAUGGUUGAGUUUCCAUUCUGGUUACGACUUUGGUUAUUUACUCAAACUUCUUACCAAUCAGAACUUACCACAGGAUGAAAGUGACUUCUUUGAAAGCUUGAGGCUAUAUUUUCCAACUGUUUAUGAUGUCAAAUAUCUGAUGAAGUUAUGCAAAAAUCUAAAAGGUGGACUUCAGGAAGUGGCAGAUCAGCUGGAAAUAAGGAGGGUCGGUCCACAACACCAGGCUGGUUCCGAUUCACAUCUGACUGGCAUGGCAUUCUUUAAAAUCAAAGAAAUUUUCUUUGAUGGUAAUAUUGAGAGCACCAGUGGGCAUCUCUAUGGAUUAGGAGCACCAUGUUCCCCUAAUGCCAAUAAUAACACUCAAGAAUGUGAAAACGAAAAUGAAAAAUUGAAAACGGAAGUUACCCAUAGUUAUCAAGUUAAGAUGUUAUAAUCCAUAGUAUUACAACGGCGCCACCUGUUCUAUUUUGAUAAUGAACACCAAUACUGUGAUUUUAAGUACCUGAGAGCAUCCAGGGAAGGUGUUUAUUUGACAUGAGAAAUAAAUUUAUUUGAUGCGUAGGUAUAAUUAUGUACCGAACAAUUAAGCAAUUUUUAAAUUAUGUGGUAGUUCCUACGUUAAAGGUGGGUUUUCGAGUCGAGUCUGUGGCGUCAGUGGCGCCGCGUUCGUCACGUUGCAACAGAGCGGCAGAUUAAUAAAUAUUAUAUAUUAUGCAUUUUUUUUUAAUUCUAAUACAAGUAAGCCUUGACUGCAGUCUUGCCUGGUGGUAAUGGAUGAUGCAGUCUAAGAUGGAAGCGGGCUAACCUGGAAGGGCUAUGGCAGUUUCAUUAAAUCCAUACAUCCUUUGCUUUCUACACGGCAUCGUACCGGAACGCUAAAUCGCGUGGCGGCACGGCUUUGCUGAAGCCUCCCACCAGACCAGACCAGAAAUUUAGAAAUUAUAACAUGCAAAACCCUGCCGGGAUCGAACCUGGGACCUCCCACUACCAAGACCACAGCAUUUACCACUGGCCAGGAAGGCAGAGUCAUUCGAACUCAGAGGCACUGACGUCGGCGUUAGUGUCGCUGCACUCGAACGACGUUCCCUACAUUUGCAUAGUACAUUCAUCUGCCGUUUGACUCUGUCGCGGCAUCACAGCUCGCCUCGAAAAUCCACAUGAAUAAAAUAUUUUAUUAUUGAUAAAAACUACAAACAUGGCGUGUGGCGGACGUCGAUAGGUGUAAAAUAUGAAAUGAAUGUGCAAUAAAUAAAAAUAACGUUAAAAUUA